ACGUUUUGACAGCAAUGGUUGUUUGAUAAGCUAAUUCAACUCUCCUUUUAUUGUUUUAAUUUAUUUAUUUACCAAUGAAUUGAUUUUACUUUACAAGUAAUUAACAUAAAUCAAUUAACCACAAUGGAGUUAAUUUACUCCAUGCGCCGGAAACCAUUGAAAUGCGAGCCACCGCACUUUGAAACGUCAUCAGACCCAGAAGUGGUUCGCCCAAUUUGCACCAUAUCUAUGCAAUAUAUUGCAUUCUCGUCACCCACGGAGCUGUCGGACUCUGACGGGUGCACUUGGGGCGGGCACGUGUACGUGUGUGAUCUGGACACGCCGUGGGACAGCCAUAAAGUCACUAGCACCGUUCAUCCAGUCUCAGCUCUAGAAUGGGACAGCGAAGGCAAGCAGCUCCUGGUGGCCACAACCGAGGGAGAAGUGUCCGUGUUUGGCAUGAAGGAGUUCCUGCUAAAUGACUGGGGAUGUCUAUACAGCGCAUCAUUCCCAGGUGAACACGUGAUAAAGGCAGCAUUCUUCCACAAUGGCCGAAGAAUUUCAUGCGACAAGAAACCUGAUGUUCCUGCUGCCGAACGCCUACAGCUGCUGAGGCCUACACCAACGUUGAAGGGAUUUGGUGGCAUAGCAUGUGAAGGAGCCUGCAUCAUCACGGCCACAGGCCUCAUCGGCGCCCUGACGCCUUCAGGCGAGGCGGGCCGCGCGCUCCGCGGCGCCGAGGGCCUGCGCGCGGCGCGGGACCGAGUGCCGGCUGCUAGUGUCGCCCAUAAGAAUGGCACCCUAAUAGUAGCGGCAGGCGGCGUCCACUGCGUGCGCUGCGCCGUGUGCUCGGUGACGUUGUCGCGCGCGCCGCACCAGGCGCCCGCGCUGGUGGUGCAGCCUCUGCCGGCGGUGUAUCUGGAUUAUACACCUGUGUCUUUGACGUGGAGUCUCCGAGAGGACACAGACUCCCUCCUGAUCGGGGGUUCCACUCUGUCAGUGUGGAAUCUGACGCAGCGGGCACACCCUGUACAUAAACUACUGUCUAAAGGUCCAUUGCAAGGCAGCACCACCCCCGGAGGCGGACAGAAACCUGGAUCGGAUUGCUUUAACACCGUGGUAUGGCAACAAAUAUCGGUCCUCCCUGUGGAGGGCUGCGCGCAUGUGUGCUCCCGUCGUCUACACGUCGCGGCGCCGCACCACGUGCUAGCGGCCACGGGACCUAACAGGUUGUUACUUCACAGAGACACACAUCGGAUCAGCACCACAGCGGUGACUGUCUCAGGGUUACCGGGGCUGCAGGCCGGCGCUACGCCCCCGAAGAAACCCAAAUACGGCGGAGCCUUGGCGACAGGAGCGGCGUGCGCCAUAGUGUCAUGCGUGGACAUGUCUUGGCUCGGCGGCGUGUGUGUGUGCGUUGACACACAUGCACAACUACAUGUAUAUCGUCUGCCUGUAGCUGACAUUUCCACUCCACUACUGGUACAGCACACGACAUCUCUGCUAGAAUAUGCUAUGGUUUCUGGGCUAGAUUACCGGGACAUCAUCAUGACUCUCAAACCGAACGCCAUUGAUGCAGUGUAUGAGAGGUUCAUGGAGAGUUUCCAACGUCAGCCGCAGGCCUUCCAACAGUUUUACUAUCAGAACUGGCUCAAAAUACGCAUCGCGCUAUGCAGAGUGAUGCCGACCGCUCAAGGCGCCGUGUCAUCGCUGACGCAGCUGGCGACCCUGGCCGGCGCGUGGGCGGCGCUGGCGGCCGCGCUGCGCGCCGACGACCGCCGCCACGACGACGUGCGGCUCGACGCGCUGCUGGACCACGACCACGACAAGGCACUAGUGACACUAGAAGCGAAAGCUGAAUUAUCAAGCGACGCCGUGGCUCUAACGCCGCUGCGUCGCAUCUUACAACAGUGCGUCGACAUCGCGACGACGCAUCUGCAACAUGCCGCAACGGGCCACACACAUCCGUACGAGACGUGGACGGACGGCACGGCGCUGGCGCUGCUGCGCAAGCUGGUGGUGGCGGCGCGGGCCGCGGGCCGCGGCGGGGAGCCCCUGUCGCGCGCGCUGGCCAGGCUGCAGCACCAGAACACCAAGGAGGUCCGAGGUGACGAGAAUAUACGGUACAAGCUGGUGGUGGCGGCGCGGGCCGCGGGCCGCGGCGGGCAGCCCCUGUCGCGCGCGCUGGCCAGGCUGCAGCACCAGAACACCAAGGAGAUACGGUACAAGCUGGUGGUGGCGGCGCGGGCCGCGGGCCGCGGCGGGCAGCCCCUGUCGCGCGCGCUGGCCAGGCUGCAGCACCAGAACACCAAGGAGGUCCGAGAGGAGUGUGCGACCCUGUGCCUCCAGCUCAGCACCCCUCGCGCGUGGGACUCGCUGCCGCGCUGCACGGUGUCCGCGCCGCACGGCAGACCGUGGCCGCACUAUUUUGAGUAUGGCAUAGAGCCCGAAGGUUUGAGAUACGCACCCGAACCACCAAACUACGGCACCAUGUGCGAAGUGAUGCCUUCACUAGGAAUGGAUUGCAUACGGUACAUGUACCUGGGCGCGGGCGCCGGCGCGUGCCGCGCGUGCGGGCGCUGCGGCGCGCGCGCGCUGGCCGCCGCGCGCCCCGCCCGCCACCCGCUGCAGCGCGCCUACGACGGCCGCUUCCUGCCGGCCUGCAGGUGCGGCGGUAAAUGGACUCUGGUCUCAAAUUAUUAAACGAAAUGCUGGAUAAUAAUUAAGUUUAGAUUAAGAUCACUAAUGAAGUUUUAUAGUUGUAAAUAGAAUAACGAAUUUACCAAAAUAAAAUGAACUUUUGAUAUUUUAUUGAAA